CCUAAUCCCUAAAGUUCAAAUAUUUUUCAUUUCUUCUUCGCCCCCUCUGAACUCCUGACGGUUCCCUCACUCUCUUUGCUCCUCCCAUUCUCUCUUGCCAUCUGCUCUCUCUCUCUCUCUCUCUCUCUCUCUCUCUCUCUCUCUCUCAGCCUCCUCGAACUGCCUUAUGAUUCCCAACUCCAGCCAAUCCCAUGGGCCAUCACCCACAACCUUUCAAGCACCUCCGACCCUAUGAAUGAAUAGCCAAAAUUUCUUUCGUUUCCUGCUUUCCUGAAAUAAGGAAAAGAUUCCAAGACUCUCAAGGAGGAGCUGCUUGAAGCCAUUGCGCCUUUGGAUCGUGGAGCAGAUGCCACUGUCGAAGACCAGCAAAGUUCUCUUACCUUUGGUUUGUUCUUUGGGUUAUUGCUUUCUCUGGAAAAAGAUUUUUGUUGUUUUUUGGUUGCCGUUUGGAACUUGUUUUGAUUAUCGUUGUUUGGUGAUUUCUUCUAAGUUACACGCCUAAAUUGUUUAAGUGUUAGUAGGGCUACGUAUGUUAGGUAAUUACUUAAAACUGUUAAACGGUAUUUUCGGUUAUGUAUGUUCUUUAAUUCAGUUGAGUCUAAACCGAGUCAAUGGGCUGUUAUAGUUAAUGAGUCAUGAUUGGUUAGUGGGUUGUUAUUUGUUGACGCACUAGUCCGUGCGAAGUGGGUCAGUUAUUUCCUGAUUAAUUGCAAGUUUGUAAACGCUACAAAAGGCCAGAUUAUUAUGAAUGAAAAUUAUCAGUUUGAAACUCAUAUUGCCGAGUGCAAAAUUGGAGGGUCUGGCUCCUCGAAUUGCCAGAAUUCACCUAAAUACAUUUCCUUGAACAUAACAAAUUGGUCUCAGAGCCACGUUCCUGCGACAUGGCUAAGGGAACACGAUCAUCACAGUUAUCAGAAACAGUAAACAAUCUACAAGGGGAGACUGCUGCACUGAAGGAGGAGCAAUCCAGGCAUUGAAAAGCAAUUCUUUUGUUAUUUCCUUUUCUUAAUUUUUUUUUUUAAAUUUUGAUGUAGAGAAAGUAGGAUGAAGUACCAGUGGAUGCUACCCUAUGCAAAAACAACAACAUCAAAGCUUUUUGCCCUGUUGAGAGUCCCUGGAUGCUGCGUUCGUUGUAAAAGAAUGUGGCAGCUAUUGGAGUUGAACUCCAGGCUUUGUACUAGUUAUGAUGUUUUUAGGGUGCCUUUUGUGCAGGAACAUCUAAAUUACAUUCUUCAUUUGCAGCAGCUAAAGACACUUUCUCUUGGAGCUUGUUCAGGGCUUGGUGAGCUUAGAAAGAAGGUGGAAGUGUGGGACAUCUAAAUGACUAUUAUGGCCGCAUUAUAUUUUUGGGAGAUACGAUUCUUGAGUGGUUCAACCACUGUAAGGAGGCUUCAAAUAAUACUGAAUCAUGUGAAAUAGAUAUUGAUGGGAGUGAUCUAUAGUUGGAUGGGAUCAGAGGAAUAGCUCUGUGUGCUGUUAUCAAAGCAAAUUUUGAGCGCUCUACAUUCGACCUCUUUCAUUUCCUAGUGUUGAGAUCACUAUUAAUGGCAUGCCAAAUAUUACAGCAAGAAAAUGCUAGACAAAGGGAUUUCAGAAUCUGGAGAUCAUGUUGGUCAAAGUACUUUGCUCUAGAUCAACCUUUUAAGCUAAAUGAGUAAGGUCUGAAUGUUGAGUUUUCUUGUAAUUCAAGCUCAUUAUACAUUAAAAGUUGCAUAGUCCAUUUGCUAUAUAAGCAUGUAGAGAACACAAAAGAUCAUUCAAAUGUCCUCUACCUAUGAACAUGAUUACAACUUGAA